GUAAAAGAAGAGGAGGAAGCAGUUUUUGGAAUGAAAGAGGAGAUGACUGUCAUAUCGAAAAAGGAGGAAGAAGAGGAGGAGGAGACAGGAGACCUGAUUAACACCAGAGAGAGACGUGACUAUCUUGGGUCCUCCGGGGAGCUUCAACAACAUCAUGAUGCUGACGAGGUUGAGAAGAGUCUCUCCAAGUCAGAACACAUCAAGAAACACCCACAGAGAUUAAUCCAUUCAACAGAACUUAAAAGACAUCAGAGAAUCAAUACAGGAGAAAAAUCUCAUAGCUGUGAUCAAUGUGGGAAGAGUUUUGCUAAGGCAGGAGGCCUGGCAACACACCACAGAAUACACACGGGAGAAAAACCUUACCACUGCUCUGACUGUGGAAUGAGCUUUGCUACCUCAAGCCAGCUGAUAAGACAUCAGAAAACACACACAGGAGAAAAGCCUUAUUGCUGUGAUCAGUGUGGGAAGAGAUUCAUUCAAUCAGCAAACCUGACUGUACACAAGAGAAUACACACCGGAGAGAAACCGUACCACUGCUCCGACUGCGCGAAGAGCUUUUCUACUUCAAGCGGAUUGAUAACACACCAGCGAACACACACAGGAGAGAAGCCUUACCACUGCUCUGACUGUGGAAAGAGCUGUACCACCUCGAGUGCACUGAUAUCACACCAGCGUACACACACAGGAGAGAAGCAUUACCACUGCUCUGAUUGCGGGAAGAGUUUUGCUACUUUAAGCAACCUGACACAACACCAGCGAACACACACAGUAGGAAAGCCUCAUAGCUGUGAUCAAUGUGAGAAGAGAUACUCCCAUCUAAUGUCUCUGAUUAAACAUCAGAAAAUACAUGAAGAAGAUCCAGACCUAGGUAGAAGAACACAGAGUGUAGAAUGAUCUCCAACACCAGACCUGGGUAGUAGAACACAGAGUGUAGAAUGAUCUCCAACACCAGACCUGAGUAGUAGAACACAGAGUGUAGAAUGAUCUCCAACACCAGACCUGGGUAGUAGAACACAGAGUGUGGAAUGACCAGCUAACGGAACAUUGAACCAACGGAACAUUGAACCAGCUAACGGAACAUUGAACCAGCUAACGGAACAUUGAACCAGCUAACGGAACAUUGAACCAGCUAACGGAACAUUGAACCAGCUAACAGAACAUUGAACCAGCUAACAGAACGUUGAGUCAGCUAACAGAACAUUGUACCAGCUAACAGAACAUUGAACCAGCUAACGGAACAUUGAACCAGCUAACGGAACAUUGAACCAGCUAACGGAACAUUGAACCAACUAACGGAACAUUGAACCAGCUAACGGAACAUUGAACCAGCUAACGGAACAUUGAACCAGCUAACGGAACGUUGAACCAGCUAACGGAACAUUGAACCAGCUAACGGAACAUUGAACCAGCUAACGGAACAUUGAACCAGCUAACAGAACGUUGAACCAGCUAACAGAACGCUGAACCAGCUAACAGAACAUUGAACCAGCUAACGGAACGUUGAACCAACUAACGGAACAUUGAACCAGCUAACAGAACAUUGAACCAGCUAACAGAACAUUGAACCAGCUAACAGAACAUUGAACCAGCUAACAGAACAUUGAACCAGCUAACAGA